GCCGCCGACGCCUCCCCCGACGCCGCCGACGCCUCCCUCGCCGCCGUUCCGGGCGCCGGGCGCUCUCGCUAGGGCCGCCCCAGCGUUUGUGAAUGACGCUCAGCAGUCUGUAAGUGAAAUGGGACAGUGAAAAUAAACAGAAAGGAUCGGACGCAUCCCGGAUAGACUGGCUCAUCUGAAAUCCGGAGACUUGGAUUCGAGUCGGCGCCUGGUGAGAGCCCCGCGACCUCAUCGGACCGUCACCUCUCUCACUAGGUGUUGCUUCUCUAAGCUGCUAAAGAAGAUGGCUGAAGUCAGUCUCAAAGAAAUCACUCUAAUCGUUGGCAUAGUCGCAGCCUGCUAUUGGAACAGUCUUUCUUGCGGUUUUGUCUUUGAUGAUGUUUCGGCGAUUUUGGAUAAUAAAGACUUGCAUCCUUCUACGCCCCUAAAGAAUCUAUUCCAGAAUGACUUCUGGGGGACCCCGAUGUCUGAGGAAAGAAGUCAUAAAUCCUACCGUCCUCUCACAGUUUUGACAUUUCGUUUAAACUAUAUAUUCAGCAAGCUAAAUCCAGCGUCGUAUCAUCUCCUCAAUGUGAUCUUCCACGCCGUGGUUAGUGUGAUAUUCCUCAAAGUCUGCAAACUUUUUCUGGACGGCAGGAGCAGCGAGGUUGCCUCCUUACUCUUUGCGGUGCACCCCGUACAUACUGAAGCAGUAACUGGUGUUGUGGGAAGAGCAGAACUCCUGUCGUCUAUCUUUUUUCUAGCUGCGUUUUUGUCGUACACCAAAUCUAAAGGGCCAGAUAACACCAUAGUGUGGACACCGAUUGCAGCGACAGUGUUUCUAGUAGCCGUCGCAACUUUGUGUAAAGAACAAGGAAUAACGGUCGUGGGAAUAUGCUGCGUCUACGAAGUAUUCGUGGCACAAGGGUAUACAUUACCUUUAUUAUUUACUACAGCUGUACAGAUACUCCGAGGAAAGGGCAGCAUCCCUUAUUCUAUGCUGCAGACUCUAUUGAAGCUUAUUGUCUUGAUGUUCAGUACACUAUUACUCGUUGUGAUCAGAGUCCAGGUUAUUCAGUCUCAGCUCCCUGUCUUUACCAGGUUUGAUAACCCAGCUGCUGUGAGCCCUACUCCUGCAAGACAGAUGACUUUUAACUACCUCCUUCCCGUAAACGCGUGGCUUCUAUUAAAUCCAUCAGAACUGUGCUGCGACUGGACCAUGGGAACGAUCCCGCUAAUAGAAUCCUUGUUAGAUGUGAGAAAUCUUGCUACGCUUAUUUUCUUUGGCUUUUUGGGAUCGUUAAUACUAUUCAGUCUUCGUUAUCCUGGCGAUUCUUCCAAGACUGUAUUAAUGGCACUUUGUUUAAUGGUGCUGCCCUUUAUUCCUGCCUCCAAUCUUUUUUUCCCAGUGGGGUUUGUUGUAGCUGAGCGAGUACUGUAUGUUCCUAGCAUGGGAUUCUGUAUAUUAGUAGCCCAUGGUUGGAAGAAACUGUCAAGUAAAAGUGUUUUAAAGAAGCUGUCUUGGGUUUGUCUGUCUAUAGUGGUGUUCACUCAUGCCUUAAAAACAGUCCAUAGAAAUUGGGAUUGGGAGUCUGAAUACACAUUGUUUAUGUCAGCCUUAAAGGUAAAUAAAAAUAAUGCCAAAUUAUGGAAUAACGUGGGUCAUGCUCUAGAAAAUGAAAAAAACUUCGAGAGAGCUUUGAAGUACUUUCUACAGGCAACAUAUGUGCAACCAGACGAUAUUGGAGCCCACAUGAACGUAGGACGAACUUACAAAAAUUUAAAUAGAACCAAAGAAGCAGAAGCAGCUUACCUAAUUGCUAAAUCACUGAUGCCACAAAUUAUUCCGGGUAAAAAAUAUGCAGCACGCAUUGCUCCUAAUCAUCUCAACGUUUAUAUAAAUCUUGCAAACUUGAUUCGUACAAAUGAGUCCCGACUCGAAGAAGCGGACCAGUUGUAUCGGCAAGCAAUUAGCAUGAGGCCAGAUUUCAAGCAAGCUUAUAUUAGCAGGGGAGAACUGCUUUUAAAAAUGAACAAACCCUUGAAAGCAAAAGAAGCCUAUCUUAGGGCUCUAGAGCUGGACAGAAACAACGCAGACCUUUGGUACAACUUGGCAAUCGUUUACAUAGAGCUAAAAGAUCCACCUGAAGCGCUACAGAACUUUAACCGAGCCUUAGAACUGAGUCCCAAGCACAGAUUGGCAUUAUUCAAUUCUGCCCUGCUAAUGCAAGAAUCAGGUGAUGCUAAACUUAGACCUGAAGCUAAAAAGAGACUUCUUAGCUACAUAAAAGAAGAACCCCAUGAUGCUAAUGGGUACUUCAAUCUGGGUAUGCUCGCGAUGGAUGACAAGAAGGAUUCUGAAGCAGAGGCUUGGAUGAAAAAAGCCAUAAAGUUGCAAAAAGGUUUCCGAAGUGCAUUGUUUAACCUGGCCCUCCUCUACUCGCAGACGGCAAAAGAAUUGCUGGCUUUGCCGGUCCUAGAAGAACUCCUUCAGUAUUAUCCCGAUCAUGCCAAAGGGCUCAUUUUAAAGGGAGACAUUCUGAUGAAUCAGAAGAAAGAUAUAAGCGGAGCCAAAAAGUGUUUUGAAAAAAUCCUGGAAAUGGAUCCCAACAACGUCCAGGGAAAGCACAACCUCUGUGUUGUCUAUUUUGAGGAGAGGGACCUACUGAAAGCGGAAAAAUGCCUCGUUGAGACCCUUGCUUUAGCACCACACGAGGAAUAUAUCCAGAGGCAUUUGAGUAUUGUGAGGAGCAAGAUAUCUUCCUUGACUACUCCAGAGGCAUCCCUGCUUUCAGCAGGAGAGACUGCGGGUGUGGGAGGGGGCAAAAAAACCACAUUAGAAGACUUGAAAAGGAGGAAGGAACCCAAAGCCACCCAAACAACGAGUAGCAGUACUAAGCAAGGACAACUGUCUAAACCGAAGCAACAGUUGGAAAAAAACCCAGAUAAAGAGAUUAAAAAAAAAUCAACAAAAGAAAUCAAAGACAUUGAAAAGAAAAGAGUUGCUGCUUUGAAGAGACUAGAGGAAAUUGAACGAAUUUUAAAUGGUGAAUAAUCAUGCUCUUUACCGUGUAACAAUGAAAUGGGAAAUAACGUUUGAUCUCUUGCUUACUGUCUAUUCAGAUUGGCCUGCUGGUCCGGUGCUUUGAAAAGAUGGGAAGAGCAUGGUAAAACGUAGCAUUUAUUAUGCAACUUCUUACAGAUUGAGAGAUCCAAGUUGCCAGAUUUUAUAUAUGAUUUUAGUGCGCGGGCAUGGGAUGUUUGGGGUAUUGGAGAAGCAUAGAAGGGUGGAGGAAUCGCCUUCUUUAAAGCAUUAAAAAUAUCUGGUAGCAAGCGGGCAAAAAUGGAGCAACUCAAAUGCUCUGCUUAUUUUAUUCUUUGACCUUUUUUUUUUAGCAGCUUCUUAAAUUUAUGCUUACCUGACUCUGACUGCGUAUUAAAAUCUCUUUUUUUCUUUGCAUCACCGGUAAUCAGAAGGUACCAAAAAACUGCUCUGACUAAACUUUGUGCAAUGGAAAUUGAUCUUUCAUUUCUUUCCAUUUCAAAAGAAAUGUACAGUGAAACGGAUUUUUUAAACACGGGAAUGUAUAGAAUGUGACUAUAGUAGCAUUUCAGCAUAUAUUUUCCUAACUGUAUGAUUGUCUUUCAGUUUGCAGUCCAAGGCUAUUCUUUCUAAUAGCUGACGUGUACAUUUCCAAUGGUGCUUUUCUAAAAGGUUUCUGUCUUUCUUUUGAAAAUGUAUCUAUUUUUGACAAUUAUAGGCCGCCCAAUUAUUUUUGUGUUGAUUUGGGGGGGUUUUAUUUGCUUCAGUACAUUAGGUCCUGAAAAAUGCAGGCACGCCGCAGUAAGCCAUAUUAGGGUUCCAGACAGUGGUAUUUUUCGAAGCCUUUUUGAAGCGUAUUAGGAGUCAAAUAUCCUCCUAAGGAAAAGUUAUUUGGUCUUACUCAUUAAAAUGAGGAUUGUGUGUGUGUGUGUGUGUGUGGAUUUCAAAAUAACUCAUGGGGAGUUUUAUAGUCAAACCCCUCAUUUUAGUUCUACUGUAUUUAGUUCUGUUUAGUUGAGAGACUGUGACGUCUGGUUUAUUUCUAAGCACUACGUUCUAUUGUUUGAUAUCUUGUCAUAGCACGUGCGAUUUUUAUUAACUAUUUUGACUACUGAAUCUCUUAAAUAUGUUUCCACUAACAUUUUGCAAGAUGUCUGUUCUAAUUCCUUUUUUUUCACGAGCCGGCUUUCAGUAUUCAUCACUUCAGCAUGGUUUUAAUGGUAGAACUGCUUUCCAGUGAGUCGUUUUCAUGUAAAUAUAUCACUGAGCUGACAAAACGCUUUGUAUACUUGCCUUACGUCACCUAUAAAAGUCUUUGAGUGAAUCCGCUAUGAUAAAAUUAGUUUCCCGUGAGACGUUUGGGGUGUUUUCAAAUUUCAAAGUUUAGGAAAUAUAUUUAUUAGAAAAUUAAAUUCCUCUUUAAAUGAACGGCUAGAAAAAUAAUGGGCAUUUCCUUAGGGUGGCAGAAUUCCAGCAUUUUGAAUAGAGGAAUAUUAUAAUUAUCAUUAUUAUCAUUAUUAUUAACUGUGUAUCAAUAAAACACCCCAAUUAAAAUCAUUUUGGGGUUUCAUUUGGGUUUGGGGGAGAAGGGGUGCAUUUGCGCUAAGCCUAGAAUAUUUUAUUAAGAAACUUUAAAAUAUGAUAGUGUUCCAUGGUGGCAAGGUUAGUGAAACGUCUAGGUAAAAAAAAGGGUUGGUUUCUUGUCAUGAUUUCUUUUUUUUUUUUUUAAAUUCUCAUAACUGGUUGGGCAUCAUAGACCAGCAGUUACUAAAUUCCAACCGCCUCUGAAAUUGGUACUCAAGUUGAGGGGUUAUAAGAUCCAGUUCUUCAGGACUUAAUUCUGUUGUUUUUCAACUUCAUUUAAAACAAAGUCCAAACAAGUUCAGUUACAAAAUGCAAUCGUCGUUUAGAAAGUGUCUUAAUUACCUCAGACUCCAGCUCUCAUCCAGAAAUUAGGGAGAGCUGCCUUUAAAUAAUUCCCUACAAACACUAAUGAAAAGUACAUACACUUAUAUGGCUCACAUUUAUAUUGAACAGUUCCUCUGCAUGAUAAAAGGGUAUUUAAUGUAACUCUAAAAAUAUAACUGAUUCUCGGGUCUGGUAUAUGUUUAUCUGGCAGCUCCUGUUUGGCAGUUGUCGGUAUCUGGGAACUCAAAAAAAAGACAUCUAAAAUGGAAUGCCUUUUUAUGGUAUUAUGGAUUGUCUAGAUGUGUAUCAUUUUUCUAAGUGUUAUGUUUAAUAUUAAAUUGAUACUUUUUUAAAUUUGA